GGAGCGGGCCGUGGGUGUCUGUCUGUCUGUCUGCGGGGCCGGGCUGUGCGGGGGAAGAGCCCGCAGCCGCCGCCGGGAGCGGGGGAGACCCGCCGGUGAUCCCGGAGGCUGCGGGGUCGCGCCGGGUGAGGCAUCCACCGCCAUCGGCGGUGAAACUCGUUUUGAGUGGAAAACCCGCAUUUCCGAGGCUGCGGCCGGGCUCUGCCGUUCCCUCCCGGGGCCGGGCCGGGGGCUGCGGCCCCGCUCCCCGCCGGCGCCGCGCCCUCCUCCGCGCUCCUGCCCGCCUCCCUCCCCUUCCUCCCCGCCGUCCCCUCCCCCUGGCUCCGCAUCGCCGCCGCCGAGCACACGCCGCCCGUGCCGGCGCUCGGCCGAGGAUGCUCUGGGGCUUUUGUUCCCCUGCGGCAGCCUUCGGGAGGACUCUCGUCCUGACUCGGUGAAGGUUCCUUCUCCCUCUUUCCCCGACCCCUCGUCCCUCCUCGGCGAGGCAAGCCCACCCGGGAGGGCUUGAAUAUCAGCCCUCUCCCGUGUGCGUGCGUGAAGUUGCUGACAUGACUGCUGCUGUGUCCCGGUGCUCCAGUAGCGGCGGGGAGCCGGAUUUAAAGGGGAAUUGUGCUGCAGACAAUGCACAGCAGCAGCAUCUGGAGCAGCCCUGGGGACCGGAGCUUCGGUUUUGACAUUGCUACACACGCAGCACCAGCCGCAAUGACAGCAGCUGCCUGGAGUGGCUGCAGGCAGCAGGCAGGAGCAUGAAGUAGAGAGAUCACUGCAGUGCUCAAGAUGAACUCCUCUUUGGUUGGCAACCAGAGUGGCCGGCCGUUCUGCCUCCUGGCCAUUAGCUAUUUGGAGACCAUCAAUUUUUGCCUCCUGGAAGUGGUUAUUAUUGUGUUCCUCAUGGUGCUGAUUAUUUCGGGCAACAUUAUUGUGAUAUUUGUCUUUCACUGUGCACCUCUGCUGAACCACCACACCACCAGCUACUUCAUCCAGACUAUGGCGUAUGCUGACCUCCUGGUGGGCGUGAGCUGUCUGGUGCCUUCUUUGUCUCUGCUGCACUAUCCUAUUGUUGCAAGUGAGUCCUUGGUUUGCCAAAUCUUUGGUUACGUGGUAUCGGUGCUGAAGAGCGUCUCCAUGGCCUCUUUGGCGUGCAUUAGUAUUGACAGAUACAUCGCCAUCACAAAGCCGCUGACCUACAACACGCUGGUUACCCCGUGGAGACUCCGAAUCUGCAUUCUGAUCAUUUGGCUGUACUCCUGCCUCGUCUUCUUACCCUCCUUCCACUGGGGAAAGCCUGGAUAUCACGGGGAUGUGUUUCAGUGGUGUGCCAAUUCCUGGAACACCGAUCCCUAUUUUACCCUCUUCAUCGUGGUGAUGCUCUACGCCCCGGCUGCUUUCAUCGUCUGCUUCACUUACUUCAACAUCUUCCGCAUCUGCCAGCAGCACACCAAGGAGAUCAACGAGAGGCGAGUGCGCUUCAGCUCUCAGGAUGGGGAGGCUGGGGAGGCGCAGCCUUGCCCGGACAAGCGCUAUGCCAUGGUUCUUUUCCGCAUCACCAGUGUUUUCUACAUCCUCUGGUUGCCCUACAUAAUCUAUUUUCUGCUGGAGAGCUCCAAUGUCUAUAGUAACCGCGUUGCAUCCUUCUUGACCACUUGGCUUGCCAUUAGCAACAGUUUCUGCAACUGUGUCAUUUACAGUCUCUCCAACAGUGUCUUUCAGAAGGGGCUUAAGCGUCUCUCAGGGGCUAUUUGUGCCUCUUGCGCUAGACAGAGGGUAGCUAAGGACUCCUCUACCUCUAGGAGCAAAAGAUCUUCCAAUGGAUGUCAUGUCUAAGACGCCUAUCAGCUGGACUGGGAAGUGCAGGGACAAUUCCAUAAAUUGCAAAAUAAGUUAAAUGUUAUUUUAAGAUGUCCAGAUUUGCAAAAAGGUUUCUGAGAAAUGCUGCUGACAUAGAAGAAUCAGGAGCACAUAUCAUUGUGAUUUCACUUGAAAAAAUUAUUGCUGUGGAGGAGGCUGUGGAGCUUCACCUCCAUAUUCGUUUUUAAGAAUAAAGCUGUAUCUUGACACUUACCUCUCCAGCUGGUGUGACUGAAUGGAGUGGGUGUCUGAGAGCUUCGGCAAAAUGUAGUCUUUCUUACAGCUUUACUAGGUUCUUUCGAGAUUCGUGCUUCACAUGUAAAUGAUAGAUCUGAAGUGGAAAUGUCACAGUAUAUGGUAUAUUACAGGGAUUUUUUAAUAUAUGCCAAAGUAUAUUGACACGGUGUUCCAGCAUCAUAACAGAAGGGGCCAAACAAUUUGUUUUUCAGUGCUACCUAGACAGGACUUCUAGAAUGGUAGUGAACAAUGGGAACAUUUUAGCGUGAACUUAAAGUCUUAUUGAGCCAUGAGUGCAGCGAUGUGAUCAGAACAGUCGUAUGCUUAGGAGGACUGAUCUGGCUUCCGCGCCCUGUUCCUCUGGUAGGAUGCAUGUAUGCGAUCAGAGUGCGGCAUCUGCAUUUUCCUGUUUGUUGUGAAAUAAGAAGAAAAACUGGGAUCAGACCAAAUUUAGCGGUUAAAUAAAAUGUGUUUUGAUAAGUGAAGAGAAAAUACAUGUCGCUUUAUGAUACCAGAGUUGUGGCAGCCACUCGAGGAUGAUGCCAACAUGUGAAAAUUAUUCUCAAACCAGUGGAGAAAUGCCAUGGUUUUGCAUGUGGAAAUUUUCUCAAGAACAACUUUAAAAAUAACAUGUCCCUCUUUUUUUUUUUUUUUAAUCUGAAUUCUUCUGAUAUUUUACAUACUAGAACUCAAGGGGAAAUGAAAGAAAACAAUUGUCUUCUAAACAGCUAAGGGAACUAUGUUGUAAAUUUAACUGUAGUAUUUGAGCUAUUCAUAAGUGCACAGAGCUAAAUCAGAGACAUUUUUCUUUAGCCUUUGUGGGAUUAAAGAUGGUUCGAAUAUAGCAGGAGCUAAAUCCUGUCAGCAAACGCAUAUCUGACUGGUCAAACAAAGUCAGUAUCCGAGAAACAAAAUCUCAUUGACCGCAGCUUUUUCAAGCUAGUUUAGAUUAAAUAUUUUUGAGUACUCUAAUGCUGUUAAGAAGGCAGUAUGGCCUGCAAAUUGAUGAGUUUUCUUAAAGAAUAUCCUUGUCCUUUUACUGAUGCCAUAUUAGAAAAUGAAAGUGAACCAUGUAUUCCUGUAAUACCAAAUUACAGUCUACAUCAUCUUAUCUCGCCCUGUCCCUGGUCAGGGCUAUCCCCCCGCCACACCUCUGCUCUGAGAGCAGGUUAUACACCGUGGCCAUCCGCAGUUUGCUUCCUUCGUCCUGUUUCGAGUUGGUGCGUUGGACUGCUGUGAGCCUGGGGAAUUCUGUGAGCUCGUGUGUCACGGUGUGCACUGGUGGUUAGUCAUCGUGGGAAAGGAAAAAUAUUAGGGAGAAGUAAUUUGAUUUUUUUUAGAAUGGGAGUAACUCUCUUGGCCCAAGGGAAGACUCUAUUUUUCUUAAAUGGUUUCAGGUCUACUGUUGUUACAGAUCAAGAUCAUCCUCUUUUUAGUACUCUACCCUGUCCCUCCUGCAAGCAUAGUCAUACCCUCCUCUCUGGUCUGCUGCGAGCCCUGGCCUCUCGUCUUCCGUGCGUUGCCCUGGAGGAUGACAGCUUGUGUCUCUGUCCUGUGUUUGCACGUGCAGCGACUGCUGCAGACCAGCCUGCUUGCUGCCCAUCCGCAUUUACUCCAGUACAGUCUUGUCAGGCUGCCAGUGAGGAAACAGGGAAGAGAAGAGAGAGCGGUGGGAUGAGGCACUCCUGGCACGGCUUGUGCUUGUCAGCACUCGUUGCUGGUAGAUGUGAGUUCCUCUUACGGGUCUGUGCGUGUACCUGUUCCUGGGGAGGAUGGGGCAGAACCCCCUGCUAUUGCUGCCUAGUUCCGCUGUGAGUGCCCUGUUACAAAGCACGUUUAAGUCAUAUUUUGAUCUGCUUUCAACGUAUUUCAUCAAUAGUCCAAACCUCUCAAUAUAAACUUCCCCCUUAGGUCAUCCGAAAUUUUAAGAGCAAAGGUUGUCUAAACCCUGAUGCCUUCGCAACGACAUUUCUUUUUAUCUUACGUAAUAAGAGAGUGUCUAGAGCCAGGGCUUAUGCUGUGAUCCUUGCAUGGACACGAUAGAGGUGAUCUGAUCCGCAGAGCUCUCGCAGUCUGAAUUUUGGUUAGAGACACAGACAGCUGUGGGGGGAGCAGAGCAUAAGGGUGUAGUGAGUCAUUUAUAAAUGGUAUAAUAAGCUCACAGCACAUCAGCCAGCUAAUUGUUCUCAAGUGUUUUGUAGGCAUUAUGGCAAAGGUGGGCUUUGGGGAACAAUUUAAGGGCUUUAGUCACUAAUAUCAAAGUGUGUGCGUGGUAUUUUUGGAACAGCCUCUCAGGUAAACUCCCAAUAGCUUUUCUCUGGCUCUUCACCUUAUCUAACAUUUCCAAGUCUUUGAAGUGAUGCAGUCUAUCACUAAAAUAGUAUUUGAUUAAAUUUAAUAGAAGAAAAGAAUCUGCUAGGGCCUAAAACCCUAAAAAUGGCAGUUUCAGGUUUAUGUGGAAGCUGGAGAGCAAAGAUUGUUGCUUUUUUUUUCAUGGCAUGAACAGAGGGGUUUGGGAGCAUUGUGUGUUAGUUUUUGAGAAUAUGGAAAAUUUUAAAGGGGUCUAAAUCAUGAGAGAGAUUUAACUCAAGAUGAAGCAGUUGCUACUUCGGCUAUAAGCCUAGAAUUGUACUUAAAGUGUAGUGGGUGUUACAGAUGCAGAUGCAUGCUUGCAGCUGUUGUGGCUUUGCAGCUAAGGUCCAGUUAUAACAUUCCUAACAGCCAGGCUUUUGUUCAGUUGCCCUAUUCAUCUCGAAGUCUUCCUCAGCUCAGAUGAUUUCCGUGAGAGGUGAAAGUCAGAAUCGGGAAGUCUCCAAGAGAUGAGGACAGAGAGGAGUUGCAGCCAGUUGAUGCAUUCAAGUUUCAUCCUGUGUUUUUACAGACGCUUUUAGAUGUUGCUUCAGUGGCUUAGAUUUAGUGUCAAAUGUUUCUAUUUUUAUCUGUGUUAAUUUAUUGAUUUUAAAAAAAAAUUUAAGUUACUUUUUUUCCUCUUAAUUUAAUGUUGUUCUAGGUGUAUAUGUGGUUAGAUGUUUUAAAUAUAACAUUUGAGUGUGUCGUCUUCAGUGAAAUUGCAUGGGGGUGAAUCUUGCUCACUGUGCCAACCGCGGAAGAAAUAAUUUUGCAGCAUAUUACCUUGUUUGCUCGACAGUCCAUUUAACAUCCUUUGUCAUAUCGUUAACGUGAGGCGCAGUAGUGCUUUUCAUCGCAAUCUGUGCUAUGAAGUGUUAGGCAGCAAACUUUCCAGUUGGAUCACUUUCAUCGCUGUACACAGGAAUCUAAUACCUUCUUGGCUAUAUUUUUAUCCGAGUGUGCAUGGUGCUUUAGAGCAUUUAGGUGUCAAGAGCAUUGCACAGAUGAAUGCCACGCCAAGGAGAAUAUGGAAAUCAAAUUAUGUAUUCAUAAAAAUUGUGUUGUGAUAUGAUUAAGUGAACUGAUUUUGAAGUUCCUUCUCAGACUAUAUAUAUUUUUUUUUUUUUCAUUAGGGUUAUCUGCCUCACUUUCAAGUUAAGCUGCUAGAAGGGUUCAGACUGCAGGAUGCAGUUCAGUGGCGUUCUUUUAGUACCAUGGAAAGGAUUUUAUACACACAACUUCUGAGAAAGUGAUCAUUUGCUUCAGCUAGACCUCUUAAAAAAAUUUUUUUUUAAGUUUACUGGAAGUUUAGGUUGUGAUUAUAUUAUCAUUUUCUAAAUAGGCUGGCAGAAAAUCUGUGAAAUACUCUUUUUUUUAUAAUCUCCAAUCCAGUGACGGUAUUUUUUUAGCUCGAGAUAUCUUUUGUGUGAAACAAAAGUUUUGCUGUUACCUACUGUUAAGUUUUUUUAAAUUAAAUGUUACUAGUUUCUACAGUCUUUAUUUGCUAUUAGGGGUUUUGUACUUGUUUUUAAGCUUCUGAUCUCUCAGAAAUUUGUUUCUACUACUUGGAAUUCUGACAUGGCUCCAUGUCAGAGUGCCAAGGGGCAAUCUUGAAUAUUUGUGACAAAUCUUUGACAAGAAGAAAGUGGUAAAAAGUGCCAAGACACAGAGAAUCUCAAGAGUAGCACAAGGUUGCGUGAAGAGUCUUUCUUACAGCAGAGACUUGAAUGGGAAUUUCCAAAUUUCAGCCUCACGCUGCAUUGUUCCUUUCCUGCUCAUACAAAGGUUUUACCUGUAAGAAAUUUCAGCAGUUCGUCUGUUCUGAGAGAGACACUUCCAAGGCACGUACGUGGUGGAAACAUUCAGCAUGCAAAUUUAAUACACAGAUUUUGGGGUAUUUAUUGUGGUGUUACCAGUUGCUGUGAUGAUAACAGAUGUACUGUACGAGACAGAAGUCUGAAACAUUUCAGCCUGAUCUUAUGCCACAUCAGGAUUUGAAGUUGACAGAACUAAUUCAGGUCAGUGCUUUAAAAAAACUUAUUUCUUAGGACCUAAUAUCUGAGCAUAGCAGUCUACCUUUAGACAUUACAAAUGAAAGGCCCAUUUAAAAUUUUUCCAAUUACUUGAUUCACCUAUUGUAGGUAAUUUUAAUUUCAUAACAGGAGGUGGAGGUUUUGGAGGGCUGCUGUUGUUAACACGUUAUUGGUUCUGGGUGCUUGAAGCACCUGCCAAAAUAUUUGCCUGACCUGGUCCUUAUUUUGUUGUUUAGUUUCGAAACCUUUUUCUUCCCUUUUAUAUGACUCUGCAGAAUACAGCGACACAUCCUUUCUAUGGUAUAUUCAAGAUAAACUUAAAUUUUACCUCACUGCCAACAGUAUCUGAAGCUGGCAAAGCCCAUGUUUUGUGCUGAUGUUCUGCUGAGAUCCAGGAGGUCUAAAGGCCUCUGUGGUUUUUAUACUUCAAUGGGGGAAAAGUAGCUGUCUUCCCUUAUGCAACUUAAAGGGUCGGACGCUUUGCAGACCCUGGGAAUGCUCUGUUGAGGCUUCCAGGAGGGGAGAGGCUGGGGCGUAACGGCAGCGGAGAAAUGCCCAGGCCAAGUGCAUUUGUUCUCCUGGUGAAAGCAGUGCUUCCUCCCUGCUGUCUCAGCCUGCCUGUGUCUUUCAAUCCAUUUUCUGCUCUUCUCUUUCCAUUCCUAUUGCUGAAAUUUGGAGCUCUAGAGGCCAUGGUUGACAUAGGGCGUUUCUUAUUCAUAAUCGUUGUAUGAUGAAUACUGUUGUUUGUAUGUGGCUGCGGUCUCAGCUCAAUCAGGUAUAUUAAAUCUAUUACUCGCUUCAGGGUCCCUGAGACUUUGUGACGGUGUGGGCUUGAAAUGCGUUUGGCUGAGGUCAGGUUAGACCUAGGGAUAAGCUAUAGCUGCUGAGACCGCUGGGCCAUCAGCAUUUACAGUCUCCAGCAAAGCAAACAGCCCCUCCUUUAGGAUGAUGGGAGAAUCCCCCGCUGUGAAAACAAGCCAUUUUACACUAGAAAAGUGUUCUCCUGACUUCUCAACUCUUAAAGCUUCUCCAUUGUUACUUCCCUUGUUGCAGAGGUACCACUUUGAAAGACAUUUUCUGCGAAGGCAGACAAUUUAAUACCAAAAUUUUGUAUGUAAAAUGUGUUUGGAGGAGGGAGAGCUCUUCAGAAUUAAAACUUAGUAGUGUAAAAUGAGAUGUAGUUGUAUUUAGAGAAAGAAACUGAAAGUUGUGGCCAGUGGAAACAAACAAAGGAAGCCCGCUGGACAGCUGUGCCUGCGCUGAUGGUAGGAUGUAAAUUGCAGUUCUAUCAAAACAAUGGAGUAUUUCAUUUGGGUCAUAUCCUUUGCAAUAAAUUUUUCAUAAGGGAUGGAGUUUAACUUCUUGCUUUUGCUUUGCUGCACUCCAAAGGCAGCUCGUCUGAGCCUCGGGGGUCCCACACCCGCAGCAAACAGAUUCCCGUCAGACCUGGAGUGACAAUCCAAACAGGGCGAUACCAGUCAGGGUCAUGGGUGACUAUCUGAGGUGUUCGAGCAGUAGGGUAAUAAUCCGAUGUGACAUAGGUUGUGUAGUCAGCUUCUCAGGUGUUUUUUUUUCUCUGACACAAGGUUUUUUAGGCAGGUGAAAUGUUUUGCGUAUGCAGGCAGCUUUGCUGAUGGGUCUCCGCUUGGUAUUGACUUCUGUCACGUUUCAGUUCUUAUUCUGAUUGCAGUCUCUGUGUCUGCUCCACAUGUGUUUAGUGGUGGUUGCAAAUGGAAGUGUUUGCGAUUUCACCCAUAUCAUAUUUGGAUCUCUUGAGCUUUAGCACUUAAUGAAAACGUUAAUGUGGGUUACGUUCCUGCGUCCUGAUCCAGGUUGUUUAUUUAGAGCCUCUUCAGCAAUCUGUCUGGGCAAAACCGAUUCUCUAGCUAGUGAAUUUGUGGUCAAUUACACUGAGAAACAGAAGUUGUUAAAGUCAUCUUUGUUUUGGCCUGAAGACACUGGCGGGGAGCGUCACGAUCACUGAGCUGAUCAAAGGAGGCGCAGGCUCUGCUGCGGGGGAGACCAGGAGGCCAAGUCACUGCAGGACUGUUACCUGGACGCAGGUUGGUAACUGGUGCCUUCGUUUGCUGAGAAGUUUUUAGAAAUGCCGAGCGGAUGCACGUUCCGUUAGGUUAUAUUGAGAACCGGGGUUUAGAUAGACAAACACGUUUUGAAGUUAGCAGUCGCUGCUGGUGCGGAGGGGUGCCACGCCUGGGCAGCGCCUUUGCAUGAGGCAGCGCCUGAGAUGCAGCAUGAGGGUGCCCGGGGUGGCGUGGGAGAGCGAAGGGAGUCUGGCCCUGUUGUUCUGACUUCUUUCUUUUUAUGAAUUUGUAAGAUGAGGAUAGCGGUUUUGUAAUUCAAAGCUUUGGCUUCUUUCUGAUGGUCGUUACUGGAGAUCCUUUAAUUAACAAAAUAAAUAAAUUCAAGUAACUCCUUGUAAAGAUGAACUCAAAUCUUGCUGUGCAUAUGCGAGUCAUUCUUAAAUGUGACAAAGAUCACGGGACACAAGCAAUCAAAUGCUUAAUAAACCAAGUCAUUACUUUUAUGGUAAAUUGAAAAAAGUUGUUCUGGGAUUUCAACGGUAAAUGAAUCCUUGAAAAUCAAUGAUUAGAUUAGUAAAGGAUGAUGUUUUAAUAUGCUGGCGGGAAUAUAGAGGGAUUUGUCAGGGGAAGCAAAAACAGACUUUGCACUAAAGUGGCUUAGGUAUAUUUAUAGUGCUAGUGAUUUUGUGUGUGUGUGAAAUCUUUGGACUAUUUUAAUAUAAUGUGAGGCUUUGAGCUUUAGCUAACUCAAGUUGCUCGUUUUAUGAAGUUACAUUAGUACCACACUGUGAAGUAUUUUUAAAUAUUAGCAUUACUGAGUAUUAAAAGUAUUUCAUAAAAAAAAAUUUUAAAAAGCAUUUUCUGUAGAUGCUGUCAAAGGAAUUGAUGUUUAGUGUACAAAGAAAUAAAACCCUGAGGGCUGUAAGGUACCUGUAUGUUUCUGAUCACCUCGGUUUUUGAGGGGUUAGGUAUUUCUUGAGGAUAAAUUGUUGUCAUUAAAGCAUACUAAAAAUAAUGGUGCAGUUAAUCCUUUCAGAUAACGGGAAGCAGCAUUACCUCCAGCCACACUUUUGAACUGUCUGAAAGGAUUUGCAAUCACAUAUAUUGUCUUCACAGACUUAACGUCUUUAGAAAUGCUGUACAGCACAGUGUUUUGCGACUUCCUAUGCUGAUAAAUUUCUCUCUGUAUGUAACCUUCGAAAUCUAGUUUCUAUUGUAAUUCUAGCAUGAAAACACUAGAUUCAAUUUUGUAUUUCUCUAAUGAAUGCAGCAGGAUGGAAAUGAGUUUGCAAUUGCUAAUGAUGAGCUUUUUUACUGUUCUUAAUACUCGUGGGUAUGUCUUUUUUCUUCAGGGAUUUCAAAAUUGUAUUAGUACCUUUUUUAAUUGGUUUUUUUUCCACAUGCUGUUUACAAUUAAACUGCAAGCAUGGGAGGCUAUGCGUGCAUGUGCUUUCAGGUUGCUUUGCUGAACGAAAUACAGUGGAGCGAUCUUACUUUAAAGGAUGCUUGCUUUUCCUUGUGUCCCACCUGUCUCCUUGCGCCUUCACCGUCACUGGGGCAGCAGAAGCCACUCGUGAGAUUGUUUCAGUGUGUUCUGUGGAGAUUUGACAUUUGCCAGGGGGUUGUUUGGAGGAGUUUUGUUUGGGAGGCAGUCCGGCUCCGUACAGGAGCAGCGUUAUGACUGGUAGUUUUUUCCUAUGUCAGUGAAAAGGUCAAGAAUAGACAAAAUCACAGGUAAGAAUGUGUAUGUGUGUGUUUGUAAGAACUUUGUGCGCCUUUUAAUGCUGGAAAUUGUUUUGUAUUAAAAGAUGAGAAAGAGGUGUGUGUGUGAAACCCCUGCUAUGAAGAGCUAUGGGAAAAAAAUCCACCAAAGCAGAUUAGAAAAGCAAACAGGUGAAUUAGAGCCAGUCCAGCCCUCAAGACGCUAAUGCCGUGUUUAAUUCUGACGCAGUGGGGAGCAUUAAGGCGGCAGUCUGGGCUGCUCGGUGUUCCUCGCCUCUGCCUGGGUUUGCUCUGGUUUGUACUCUGCAAGGGAAGGGGGAGGUGGUGAAGAUGGGUGUUUUGAUACGCAAGGCAGCUGAGGAAGGGUUAUUGCUGUGGCUCCAGAAUGACGUAUUUUGUGCCAACUCAGAACUGCUGUUAAAAUCCAGGGGAGAGGGGUGCUUCUACCCCGCCGUUUUAAUAGACGUUUCCAUAGCUGAUUUUUCAACUAAGACUAAUAAUAAGAAAAACUACAGUUGAGCCAAAAAUGACAAAUGUUACUGAUUUAAAAUAAUACUUGCAUAUUUUUAAAUAUUAAAUGAAACGAGAUAAAUCGGAAGCAUGUAAAUAUCUGUUUCUAAAUCUUUGCAUAAUUAUUUCCAAGAGGUAAUUUUGCUAUGAGCUAUUAAAACUCGAAGAAAUGUAUUAUUCCCUUUGAGAUGAUCUGUACCCAGCUGUGUCAUACAUCCCUUGACUUGUUUCCUUUUUGCUGUAGAUGUACAUACGUAUACGUGUGUGUGUGCGUGCUGUGUGACCGUACAAUUACUGUCAUGUUAAAUGGUGUGUUUUAAAAUACAUGUAUACACAUAUACGUGUAAAAUACAUGCAUGUAUAUAUAUGUAUUUUAAAACAAUUUAUUUAACACGGCGGUAAUUGUACAGUCACACGGUUUAGAGCUUUGUACAAUAUGUAAUUUUAAGAAUGUCAAUGUGGUUCUUGGCGAGUUUUAUAAACACUUUUCUGAAUCUGUUAUCAGCACUUCCCAUCCUAAGAGAAACUGCACAUUUUUCAGUGAUUGUUCCACUGGUUACAUUUUUGUCUGCCAUUUGUUCUGGAUUGAUGUAAUCUUGAUACUACUAAAAUUUCAAGGGCUGUUGACGCAUUUCACAUAGCGUAGGAUUGCCUGUUCUCCAAAUAUAUGGAUCAUGCAUCAACAGUACUAAGUAGCCUUACUGUUUUGCCUAAAAGCCUAGCUAAUUUAUUUAAUAUUCUCUCUUUAAAGAGAGGUCUCUGGAAGGGGUAGCGUGUUUUAGGAUGCUCCUUCUCUUUAAAGGGAAACUCAGAAUUGAAUAGCAGUACUUGUUGAUCAGUGAUAUUAUUGUAGCCAAAGGAUGCAUGGGUGGUUUAAUAGGAAGUUUUUGCUUCAAGUUUCUUGAUGACAUGUAGUGUUCUACAGAGCCGUGUGAAGAGUGUAGUUUUUUAUUCUGAAAUGCACUUGUACACUUUAUUUGAAAGGUCUGAAUGGAUCAUAAAUACAUUUAAGAAAUAAAUGAUAUGUCACAUGUUUUCA